CAUCAAUAACUAUUCUAAACGUAAUUACGGGAUAGAUUACAGGAUGAGGAUAAGAUGGCUGUAUUUUUAUUGCUUCUUUUUUGUUCUGUGUCAUUCGCAGUGAAACACUCACUGGAGUAUCUCGUCACUGCAGCCUCUGGAGUCCCAAACAUCCCAGAGUUUACGGGUGCUAUGAUGCUUGACGGCAUCCAAAUGGCUUACUGUGAGAGCAACAACAAGAUACUGGAGCCAAGGCAGGACUGGGUGAAGAAAGUGUUAGCAAACGACACUUGGCUGUUGGAGAUAUACACUCGACAGUGCUUUGUGGUUCAGCCCAAAACAUUUGGAAACCACAUUUCAAGUCUGAAGGAGCAGUUCCAGAGUGAAGGUGUUCACAUUUUACAGAUGAGAGAAGGCUGUGAAUGGAAUGAAAAAACUGGAGAGGAGACUGGAUUUUUGCAGUACGGUUACAACGGAGAAGACUUUGUUGAGUUUGAUCUGAAGACACUGACGUGGGUCGCACUGAAACCAGAAGCUGCCUUUACUAAACAGAGAUGGGAUGCUGACAGUGUUAGAACAAAGUUCAACAAAAACCUCCUCACUAACAUUUAUCCAGAGUUGAUAAAGAAGUUUUUGUCCUAUGGGAAAAGCUCCCUGCAGAGAACAGUUCCUCCUUCAGUGUCUCUCCUCCAGAAGACUCCCUCCUCUCCAGUCAGCUGCUAUGCUACAGGUUUCUAUCCUGACAGAGCCAUGAUGUUCUGGAGGAAAGAUGGAGAGGAGCUUCAUGAAGGUGUGGAUCCUGGAGCGAUCCUCCCCAACCAUGAUGGGACCUUCCAGAUAAGUGUUGAUCUGAAUGUUUCAUCAGUCAAAUCUGAAGACUGGAGAAGAUAUGAAUGUGUGUUUCAGUUCUCCGAUGUCGAGAACAACACUUUCACCGAACUGGAUAAAGCUGUGAUUAGAACCAACAGGGGCAACAACAAACUCAGUAAUGAUCAAGAGAUGCCUCCUGCCAUGAUGACCCUCAUCAUUGCUGCAGUGGUUCUCAUCUUUGUGGCUGCUGUUGGAUUUGUUUACAGAAAAGGGGGACGAGGGCAAGGGGCAAGACACAAUACUGAACACACCAGUCCAUCACAGAGAUAACACACAGAGAUGAAAAACCAUUCAUGCCAAUUAAACCCAUGGAUGUCUUUGGAAUGGAAUGUGGGAUGAAAUUGGUGUACCCGGAGAACGCAGGUGUACAUGAUGAAACUCCACACAGAAAGGCCCCAGAGUGGAUUCAAGUCCAAGACCUUUAAAAAUGUGUUUUAUUGAUAUUGUAUAGAAAAGUCAUUUCUGUAUCAGUGAGUCUAAAAGUGUGUUGUUGACCUACAAUUUCUCUCAACAUCUUUGAACUCUGAGGCUGAAUCAAGAUGCCACACGAACAAAGGACACAACACCACAGAGUAUACAUAAGUAUAGAGACGUUCAGUUAAAGAAGUUAUGAGCAAAGAACAUUACUGGUCUCUUUAUUCUUUUUAUUAAUACAAUUUCUUAAAUGUCCAACAACAUUUUAAUCGUUUUCAGGAUGGGUCUUGGACUUUGCAAACAUAGAGCCCUUCUAAAAGUCUUCCGUUUACACUAUCCAUUAUCCUGCAUUAUCUAGAACCCCAGCUUGGUGUUAAAGGAUCUGCACUUCCAUUACCAGUUAUAAAUGUGAUUUUAUUCAAGUUUUACUCAGUCCUCUACUUUUUUUCACUAUGUUUCCUUUAAGCCAGUUUUUUCUAAACAUAGCACAAUUUAUGGCCAAAUGCUUUGGCAGUGUAAUUCUUUGCAUAAAUAUAAUUUUAUUCACAAAAAGAACUCUUUGAAAUGUAUGAAAUGCUCAUGAUUGUUCCUGUAUGUCAUGUCAAAACAUGUUUGAAAAAGUCCAAAAAAACUGAUGCUGCACACUGUAUAAAACACAAAAUUUGUGCCACACUCAAAUGUUGCCUUGAAUGAAUAUCUCACCAAUGAUGGCUGAAGAGACACUGCUUUGUCAGUCUACAAGUUAUCAGUUAUAUCAGCCUGUUACAUGUCGAUGCUUUCUGGGAGUUUGUGUCAUCAGUCUUGUUUUACACACUGCCAAA